CUACUGUCAAGAGAAAGAAACACUGUUGAUGUACAUGUCGCCACAGCUCCUCGGCUUGACCACCUCACAUCAGUUUUGUUUGGCAGACAAUGGGUAUUGUUUUGUCAGUAAGCAGACUUCAAGACCAACAGCGAUUCAGACUUCUGGAAUGGAUCAUAAUUAGUAACAACCACUCCUGUGACCUGAUCCCUUCUUAAUCUCGACGCAAACCGCAGCUUAUCCUAUGCUCAGACGUUUUUAUAUUUUUUAUAUGGUCUGCUGAAAUAUUAAUGCUACAAAUUUUGUUGAACCCCCUGAUGAGGUUGACUUUUUAGCCUCACAUUACAUGGCAUGCUGUGAAAUUUGGUAAUAUGGUGAUUAUUAGCAUUCAGCUCAAGUGCAUUUGUUUGUAGACUGUUUAGAUCAGAAAUGAGGCUCAAAGAAAAGAGUGCGUUGUUGUUGUCUUAACAGUAAUAACUUAGGGAAACCUAGAAGACUUAAAGUUAUUAUUUUUCUCUCUAACAUAUCCAUGUACACCUGCAUUCCUACCAUACCACUGCAAGAAGGAGGCUGUAUUACGCUCUGACACUCCUCUUAGCGUCCUCCUCCUCCUCACUGCAGGAAGUAAUUGUAGCAAAACACACACACACAAGCACACACACAGAACCCUGACUAAUCACAAGGUCUUUGAGUCAGAAGUGUUGUGAUCCAGUUCAUAAAGGGUUUAGCCUCUAGAGUGCAACACUAGCACAUCAGUCAGAUCGACUCUUAAUAAAGAAGCUGGAUCUGGAGGUCUCACAGCCAGCAGUUGUUACCGUCACUCACUGUCGAUGCGGCCUCCCCCUACACACACACACACACACACACACAGGCAAGCUAGAGCUUGUACAAACACCCACACACGACCCCAGAAUGCAUGCAUGCACACAUACUUACAAACUUCCAGACACACACACUAACACACGCACGCGCACACACACAUGAGCCAAGGAGCAUGGGCAGCAGGGUCAUCCUAGCGCCAUGCUUCAUAAAGGGCGCCGUUACAAUAGGUUUACUGUUACUCUGCCAAUUGCUGGGAUACAAUAGGACUGAAUGUGCUGGGCUGAUGCUUCUCCACUUCUCUCCAUUUUUCACUUGAUGUCAAGGAAGAAAGACUGAGACGGGACAGCAUGUUAUCAGAGGACAGCCCUGAAGUAACCUCACGGACUCAUGGGGCUUCUACUGCUGAGCCUGAUUCUCCGGUACUGGAUCAACGCCGUGGAAGCAGGUUUGUGUUCAGCCGGCAGUACUGUGACUUGUGACGACUGUCUGCAACUCAGCCCUCAGUGCGCCUGGUGCACACAGGAGAAUUUCACAGACUGGUUUUCAGUCACUCAAAGAUGUGACACACUGGAUGUCUUACUGGAAAAGGGAUGCGACAGGGACCAGCUGCAGUUCCCUGUUUCCAAACACCAGAUCCUCCAGGAUCAGCCACUUGGGAAGAAGAUGGGCAGCGCUAAUAGCACGCAGAUAUUCCCUCAAAAAAUGUCCCUCAAGCUCCGACCUGGCAGUGAGGUGACCUUCCAGGUGAAGGUUCAACACACAGAGGACUAUCCUGUGGACAUGUACUAUCUGAUGGACCUGUCAGCAUCCAUGGUCGACGAUCUGAAGAUGAUCAAAGACUUGGGCUCUACUUUGUCAAAAGAAAUGGCGAAGCUCACGAGUAAAUUUCGAAUGGGCUUUGGCUCUUUUGUGGAGAAACCCUUGUUGCCCUUCAUCAAGAUCACAGAAGAAGAACUGGUCAACCCGUGCAGCCGUGUAGACGACACCUGCUUACCGACGUUUGGCUACAAGCAUGUUUUGUCUCUGACGAGCAACACCAGCAAGUUCAACGAGAUAAUCGCCGUGCAGCAUAUAUCUGCAAACAUUGACGACACGGAGUGUGGUUUCGACGCCAUCAUGCAAGCAGCCGUUUGUGGGGACAAGAUCGGCUGGAGGAACGACUCCAUGCGUUUGCUGGUGUUUGUCAGCGAUGGCAACUCACACUUCGGGAUGGACAGCAGGCUGGCCGGUAUUGUGAUUCCCAAUGACGGGCAGUGUCACCUGGAUGCCAACAAUGAAUACUCAAAGUCCACAGUGCAUGAAUAUCCAACUCUUGGUCAGCUGAUUGAUAAGUUGGUGGAAAACAACAUCUUGCUGAUAUUUGCAGUGACAGAAGACCAGAAAGACAACUACAUGAACUAUGCAAAUCUCAUACCUGGUGCCACCGUUGGAGUCGUGGCGAAAGACUCGCGGAACAUCCUGGAACUGAUUGUAACAGCGUACAAAGAACUUCGCUCAGAGAUUGAACUAGAGGUCCUUGGAGACACGAAGGAGCUGCACAUGUCCUUCACAACCAUUUGCCCUAAUGGAACUAUCCUCCCUGAUCUAAAACGCUGCUCCAACAUCAAACCAGGAGAGACGGUAGUGUUCAAUGUGUCUGUGGAGCUUCUGGGAUGUCUGUCAGGAGUUCGGCACUUCUCCCUCAGACCUGUAGGCCUUCAGGACAGUUUGGAGAUAGAAGUGCAGUCCCUUUGUUCCUGUGACUGCCGGCAGCCUCCAAAGUCAGACAGCAGCCAGUGCACUGAGGGUCAAGGGGUUUUCCAGUGCGGCGUGUGCGUAUGUCAGCCGGGCUUCCUGGGAGCGCAGUGCGAAUGCAAUGAGGAGAGCACUUUGUUGAGCAACUGCCUCGCAAACAAUGAUUCUGAAAUAUGCAGUGGUCAGGGGCAGUGCUACUGUGGACAGUGUGUGUGUCAUGCAUCCAGUUUUGGGCGCAUCUAUGGUCCCCACUGCGAGUGUGACAAUUACUCCUGUGUUCGCUUCCAUGGGGAGCUCUGCGGAGGCCAUGGAGUGUGUGACUGCGGAGAGUGUAUUUGUGAAAAGGGAUGGAAAGGGCAGUACUGUAACUGCAGCACCAGCAUGGAGGCGUGCACAUCUGAGGAUGGCUCACUUUGCAGCGGCAGGGGGAAAUGUGUGUGUGGCCACUGUGUCUGCACUGUACCCGGAGCAUCUGGGGACAAGUGUGAGAAGUGUCCAACUUGUGGAAGCUCCUGUACAUCUGCAAGGACCUGUGUAGAGUGCCAUCUUCAAGAUAAGGAUGAUGCUGAGUCAUGUGAUCAAAGGUGCAGCGCUACUACAAUUUCCAUCAAUACAACAGGAGAUUAUGACAAGAGUCCUUCUAUGCCAUGCACAUUUAUGAUGGAGAAUGAGUGCUGGGCGUCAUUUAAAGUGGUGGAAGGUGAGACCGACACCACUGCCUAUGAUCUGCAGAUGUACGGAUGUCCAGAGCCGCCCAACAUCCCCAUGAUUCUUCUCGGGGUCUCCCUUUCUGUCGUCUGUAUUGGCCUGAUCCUGCUGGGUGUGUGGAAGGUGUUGGUGUCAGUCCAUGACCAAAAGGAGGUGGCCAAGUUUGAGGCUGAGAGGGCAAAGGCAAACUGGCAGUCGGGGACCAACCCUCUGUUCAGGAGCUCGACAUCUACAUACAGAAAUGUAACUUAUAAAAGUGCACAGAAAGAAAAGACUAUCACAAUGAAUCACUACUGA